CAUACUCGGUGAAGUGUGAGAAUCCGGUUCGUAUUUUGCUCUGUGCCUGAGGGCGGGUGUGAGAGUGCCAGUCCUGCCAAAUCAGACACAAGCGAGUGCGUGUUUAGAAACAACCGACAACUAAACUGGACAGAAAAACUACGAGAAUGGCCGAGCCAGAAGACAUUAGAUGAGGAAAAGGUGUGAUCAGUGUGAGGUGUGCCUGUAAUGGAAGGGGAACCUUUCCUAGAUCUGUGUCACCUGACUGAGGUGGAGCAGACUGUAAUUCUCAGCGUUCUGCAGAGAGAUGCUGAACUACGCAACAAAGAGGAAGGGAGAAUACGGAAACUGCAGCAGACGGUGUCAGAUCCUGUCCGUCUGCGCUCUCUCUCGGGCGCGUGGUUUCAUGAAGUGCGUGCUAAGAGAUAUCAGAAGGGAGGAGCUGAUGUUGUUCAUGCCUCUAUACGCCAUAAGAGGCGUGAAAAAGAUAUACCUCUGACGGCAAUAUUUGCUGAAGAAAAAGGUAACUCUUCUCAACUACAUGAGCAGCAAGAGGAAGACAAAAGUACAGAGAGAGAAUUGCAGGAAAAUAUAAGUGUAAGAGAGGAUGACAACGGCAAGGAAGAGAAGGAAAGAGAAAAAGAAGAUGGGGAAAGUUGCAUUCCUGUGGUUACCCCUGAACAACAAUCCAGGACUAAACACAUCACAAAGAAAAAUGCAGCAAAAGAAAAUUGUCUUAAAGAAAGUGUUGGAGAGUCUGAGGACAAAGAGGGGAGAAUUUUGCCGAGUACAUCACCAUCUCUGCAGAUCGACUCAGAGGGGGACAGGGACUCUGGCAGCACUGAACUAGACUAUACUAGGUUUGGGUCAGUUAGCAGCUUGACCUCCCAUCAUAUGAUGAAUGGCAGUUUGAUGAGCCUGUACAGUGUGGGCGAUUUCGGGGAUGUUGUAGUAUCAGGGCAGAUCCAGUUCUCGUUGCAGUAUGACAUCAAGAAAGAGGAGCUUCAUGUGCACAUAAUACGCUGCCAAGAUCUUGCGCCGGCCCGUAAAAAUCGAUCGGACCCAUACGUUAAAGUUUACCUUCUCCCUGACAACACAUCCCGCAGUAAGAAAAAAACUGCAGUGAAGAGGAAAACAUUAAAUCCAGUCUAUGAUGAAACCAUGAAAUACAGAGUGCGGAGACUGGACCUCCAGGCUCGUGUGCUGAGUAUGUCAGUCUGGCACAUGGAGAGAAUGAGGAGAAACCUCUUCCUGGGGGAGGUGGAAGUGAGGCUGGCUCAGUGGGACUGGAGCCAGAGCCAACCAACCUGGCACAACCUCCAGCCAAGAGUUAAGUUAAGUCCAGAUGACAUCAUCAGCAGAGGAACCAUUCUGUUCUCAAUUAAGUUUGUACCUCCAGGUUCAGAGGCUCUGUUUAUUUUAGGAAGUGGUUGUCCACCGACUGGUGAGCUCCAUAUUUGGUUGAGGGAGAUUGUUGGUCUACUUCCCACUAAACGUGGCGCACCUAGUACAUAUGUGAAAAGUGUGGUAUUACCAGAUGAGAGUGGCGUCAGUGGCCAGCAGACUCGGGUGGUGCGAGGAUCUGUCAACCCAGUGUUCAACCACACCAUGGUUUAUGACGGGUUUCAGUCUAGCGACCUUAUUCAGGCCUGUGCAGAGAUAACGGUCUGGAAUCCACAUCCCUCCAGCUGUCUGGGUGGAGUACGACUCAGCACAGGCUCAGGUGUGAGUUACGGUCAGGCUGUCUGCUGGAUGGACUCAACAGAAGAUGAGAUAAGUGUGUGGUCAAGUGUGAUUCAGAGCCCCAACAGCUGGGUGGACACCAGUCUACCAAUCAGAACCAAUUUACAGCUCUGUUCUGAUUGAGCUUUGUUUAACCUAUUCACCCUGUGACUUUGGUUAUGUAACAUUCUGGAAUACACUACACAACUUUUCCCCCAAUCUUUGACCAAGUUUGUAGUCUGGAUGGGUUGAAGCUAGUUGGCAAAAAUCAGAGCCAGUCUGCAACUUUUGGAUGUUGGAGUUGACAGAUUUCACAGAACAUUGUGUAGUAUGUAAUGGGCACAAACUAUGGUUUUUAGCUUCAGACUAUGACUCCAUCCAGUUUGAGGAUAUCAAAUAU